AUGGUGGUGGUUGAUCCGCAGAUAUUCGCGAGGACCGAACGCCUGCUGCUGCGCCCGUUGCGCCUCGAAGAUGCAGAGGACGUGUUGUUGAUGCGGAAGCAUCCGGAAGUGAUGAAACAUACGUCUCUUCUACCUUCAGAUGACCUCGAAGGCACGAAAGCAUGGAUUCAAGGUUGUCACCAGGUUGAAUGCAACUGGAACUUUGCAAUCGUCCUCCUAGCGCCACACGAAGGCCCGCACGUCAUCGGCUUGAUAGGAGCAGUCCGCGCCCCAGAGAUUGGCUACAUGUUCAACGCCGAAUACUGGGGACGAGGGUACGCUACCGAAGCGUUGGAAGCGUUCAUGCCCUUGUUCUUCGAGCAUUACUCGGGCCGUGAUAUCGCGGACUAUGUGUCGGAAGACUACGGACUAGGCACAUACAAUGGCAAGGCAAACAACGGACGGGUAGAGGGAGAUGGGAGGAACAACAGGAACAGGCUGGCACCGAGGUACGACUUCGCGGAGGCACAUACAGAUACCGAGCUGGCAGCUAGUCAGAAUGUCUUGACAAAGGUUGGCUUCAAGCUACAUGAGAAGAGGGAGAACGACUUUGACAAUCCUGUUCUGGGCAUGAGGUCGACUUAUAUCUACAGGAUGUAUAGAGCUGCCGCUGAAGCAAAGCCUCCUAGGUAG